AGCCCAGACUGAACUCCAAUACCCAGCACUGCAGACAAGAGAGACAGACGGACAGGAGAAGCGAGAAGAUGGGGCCAGUCGCCUACUUCAGCUUCUGCCUCCUCAGCUGCUUGAUCUUUAGCCCCUCACUGGAAGCCUCUCCCCGCAAUGUCCUCUCUCCCCAUCCCAACUCCUCUCUCGGAUCAGGAGUAGAGGCCAGGUACUGUCGCAGUGGCUGGCAGCCCUUCCGACGCCGUUGCUACAGGUUCUUCCCCCAAAAGAUGGCCUGGUCAGAGGCUGAGGUGCAGUGUCAGUAUCUCCACAAUGGGGCCCAUCUCGCCUCCAUUCUCUCUGCGGCAGAAGGGAAUAUGGUGGCCAGAUACAUCAGCCAGUCAGGCUCCAAGGAUGCUGUGUGGAUCGGACUCCACAACCCCCAGCAUGUUUCAAGGAAUGGAAUGAUGCUUCCUGUAACAAGCAGAACGCCUACAUCUGCAAGUAUCGACGCUAGCGAGGGGAGUGACUCGCCUGUGCCUGAAGUGGGAGCUCAGCACCUGCAAUGUAAAAGAACUGAGCUCCUUGGCCGUGAUCAGACAACGUCCCAGACAUUCGGAUGCUUUUGCUGCUUCAAGGGCCAGUCCCCUCCCUCCCUGAGAGACCAGAUCUCACUUCCCCAGCUGCAAACUCUCUUCCCCUAAGUGUCUCUGUUCUAGUUACACGCCUGCCCCUUCCCUCCCUUCCCCUCAAUGGCUGCAGCCCACUCCAAGAAUAAACUCUCCUGAGCAUGCA